AUUAUCCAUCUAUUGUUUUUUAGUAAACAGCUGACCGUUAGUGGUUGUGUUUGUGCGGAGUUAAUACAAAUGUCAUCAAAAUGAGAGUGUUUUUGAUAUUUACCCUCAUUUUUGCUGUUUAUUUAAAUACGGUUCAUACACAUCAAAAUACAUUAAGUGGAAAUGCAGAUUCUACUAUAAAAGGGCUGUACACAUUCAAUUUGGAUGAGGAUCAAGAUGUAUCUUCCUUAACUAGACGUAGAAGGGCUGCUGAUAACAAUAAUAAUAUAACAAGCCCUAUAAAUGUCAAGGUUAAAGAGCUUGAUGACAGGCAUAAACAACUGAUGGUUCAUUGGGUUGGAGAAGGAAGUAGCGUCAUCAUUUGCCUUGCAAGAGAUCCCGCACCUUUAUCUGAUAUCACACCUGUUAGCCCUUCUUCAGUAUACAUUUCCUACGAUUAUGGUGACACAUACGAGGAAAAAAUUGAUCAAUUCAAAUUGAAGAAUAGAGAGGUAUCAACGUUGGACAAAUUCUAUAAUCAUCCCAGAUAUAACACCCAUUUCAUAUUCACUGACACCAAGCACAAAGCUAUUUUUCUUACCACAGACUAUGGUAAAACAACUAGAAGAAUAGAUUUGGAAUUUACUCCGAGUGAUAUAUUGUUCCAUGAGUACUACUCCAAUACUUUUUUCGUUCAUGAUAAAAUCGAUCCAGAAAUGAAAGUAUAUUUAACAGAAGAUUUUGGAAGAACUUUCACGCUCUCUAGAGACUUCGUAGUACAGUUACAAUGGCUAAAAGAUUCCUUUGACAAUCCACAUCUCAUUGAAUAUAGACUUGAACCUUCAAAAGCCGGUACAAUAAUGUAUUCUCCGACAAUGUUUAAGAAACCACCAAUAUUAAGAUAUGCUAGAAGGGUUAAGGAUCUUUUCAUAAAAGAUUCUUAUAUAUUUACAACCAGAGAAGGAGAAAAUGGAAAUUUGGAUCUUUACGUUUCGUAUAAAUUUGGAACCCAGAGGAAAUGUAUUUUCGACACCCAGCUCGAGAAGAAAAGUUAUUUUAUUGUUGAUGUUACUGAAAACAGAGCACUGGUUGCAGUUAGCCAUGGAAAGACUAUUUCUCAUCUAUAUGUGUCUGACAACCUUGAUGGUAAAAAUCGUCCGGUGGAAUUCGUCCUUUCACUCGAAGAUGUACUUUGCUAUUUCCCUAAUAACACUUGGCAUGAAACUUUAAUGCAGCUUAUGGCUGAAGAAACGUUUGCUGAUGUCUACAAAGUCGAAGGUUUGUCCGGAAUCUACAUUGCUUCAAGAGUGGUGAACAAGCCGAAAGGUUCUAAUCUAGGUCCUCAAAACUUGGGCUCUGUUAUAACUUUUGAUCAUGGUGCUACUUGGAGACUAAUUCGAGCACCUCAGCGAGACAAUGAAGGGCAACUUAUAAGCUGUGACAUUCAUAAUAACUGCUCUUUACAUCUUAGUCAGAAGUUCAGUUAUUUAUAUCCGGACACUAAAACAAUCAGCAUCCAUUCUAGCAAAUCAGCUCCUGGUCAAUUGAUUGCAACGGGUGUAAUAGGAAAUUCGUUGAAGGGACACUACGGAGUUUAUGUGAGUAACGAUGCCGGUUGGACAUGGCGACAGGCCUUGAAAGAAUUGUAUUUCUUCAACAUGGGCGAUCACGGUGGUUUGCUGACUGCUGUUAAAUAUUACAAAAGUAGAGGAGAAACCAGACACAUACUGUACUCGACAGAUGAAGGGGAGACAUGGAAGCAAGCACCUUUCCACAAUGAAACUCUCAGAUUGUACGGCUUGAUGACGGAACCCGGUGAAAAUACAACCAUUUUCACCAUGUUCGGAUCGUUGCCAGAUUAUCACAAAUGGAUCAUAAUAAAAGUAGAUCUGUUGAAGGCUUUCCAAUACAACUGCACAAAAGAUGAUUAUAAAACCUGGUCUCCGAGUCAAAGCGAAAGUGGUCGAAACUAUGUCCCGUGCAUUAUGGGCCAACAAAGAACCUACCAAAGAAGAAUGCCGCAUUCGAAUUGUUAUAACGGUCUGGAUUACGAUGCCCCAAUCUCAAUGGAACCUUGUAACUGCGAUAUCUUGGAUUAUGAAUGCGAUUUUGGAUUUGUCCGGACUAGUAAACGUGGACACUGCAUAAGGAACAAAACGGUACUCAUCGAUCCCUACAAAGUGCCCGAGAAAUGCCCUCCUGGACAAUUUUACAACAGGACCAAAGGAUACAGAAAGAUACAGGGGGAUCUGUGCGAAGCUGGAUUUGAAAAACACUAUUUACCUGAUCAAGUACCAUGUCCAUUUGUUGAAGUAGACGAUUUUCUACUAUUUGCCCAGAGAGAAAGGAUAUCACGGUUCAAUCUUGUGACAAAAGUGUUGGAGGAAUUGCCAGUUAAAAAUCUGAAGAAUGUUAUUGCCAUUGAUUUCGACAUGAAGAAUAACUGCGUUUUCUGGGCUGACGUUAAUUUGGACAUUAUCGGAAGACAAUGUUUGAGUAACGGUAGUGUUCCUGAAAUUUUGGUCUCCAAUGAGUUGGCUUCGAUUGAGGGUAUGGCCUUCGAUUGGAUUUCCAACACUCUUUAUUUUGUUGAUGGUAAGAGGGCAAAAAUCGAGUUGAUCAGAACAGACAUUCAUCAUAGUGGUAGGAUGCGUAGGACUAUUUUAGGGGAGAACGUUUUGAAGAAACCAAGAGGUAUUGCCCUUCACCCUAAGCAUGGUUACCUAUUUUGGACUGAUUGGUCAGCUGAUAAUCCGUCAGUGAACCGCGCCGACCUAGAUGGUAGUCACAUAAAACCAUUAUUCAAAAAACCCAUAGUGGAAUGGCCUAAUGGUAUAACUAUUGAUUACAUAGCCGAAAGAAUAUACUGGGUGGAUGCAAAACAAGAUUAUAUAGCCUCUGCAGAUCUACACGGGGACGAUAUGAAGUAUGUAAUCAAGGAUAGCAAAGAUGUUUUACAUCCAUUCGCAGUUGCUGUUUUCAAGAAUACUAUGUUUUGGGAUGAUUGGAAAACGAUCUCGAUAUUUGCCGCAGAUAAAGAUAGCAAUAUUGGUGACCAUCAAAAUUUGGAAGUUGUCCAGGAAAAACUCGUAGGUCUGAUGGAUCUCAAAGUGUUCUAUCAUGGCAUUCAAAUAGGCAACAACACGUGCACUCCAAACUCUUGUCCGUAUCUAUGUGUGGGUUCUCCAUCGAAAGAGGGGCACUCUUGCCUCUGCCCCGAUGGUAUGAUAAGAUUGAACAACGAUUGUCUUUGUCCUGGCAAUGUGAAACCGUCAGUGAAUGGAACAUGUCCCAAGCAGAGCGGCACUUGUGCACCGGAACACUUCACAUGUCAGGAUAACUCGUGCAUACCGAGCGGAUGGAAAUGUGAUGGUGAGCCUGAUUGCAGCGACGGAAGUGAUGAGGUCAAUUGCAAAUCGCAGAACUGUCCACCGUUCAAUUUCGUUUGUGGUGAUGGGCAGUGCAUUCCACGCUUUUGGAUAUGUGACUUUUCCAAUGAUUGUGCAGAUGGCUCCGAUGAAGUCAAUUGUACCAAACUAAACUGUACCAAGGAUCAAUUCACUUGCAGUAAUGGUCGGUGCAUUUCGAUGAAAUGGAAAUGUGACGGUCAGAAUGAUUGCAAAGAUAAUUCAGAUGAACUGAACUGUAGUGCUUCGGAACCUCUUACUUGCCGAAUUGAUGAGUUCCGUUGUGGAGGCGGUGGCACGAAUUGCAUUCCCACCACCUGGAAAUGUGACGGUGAGAAGGACUGUAAGGAUGGAUCUGACGAAUUGGAAUGUGGUAAAACUCAGUGCUCCGAAGAUCGGUUCUUUUGUGGGGCCCCGUCCAACACUUGCAUUUACAAAGCUUGGGUUUGCGAUGGUGAAAGGGAUUGCGUAGGUGGAUUGGACGAGCAAAACUGUACGGAGUCUGCUGUUCCACAAAAGCCUAGCCUACCCGACUUGUUUCAUGCUCAGAAUGGUACAUGCACGGAAUGGAUGUUCAAGUGUAGAAAUGACAAGUGUAUCCCUUAUUGGUGGAAAUGUGACCACUCUGAUGACUGCGGCGAUGGUAGCGAUGAAAUUGGCUGUCAAAAUAAUGAAGCUCCAACAUCUCCCUCUCCUACUCAAUCAACCAUGAGUAUCGUGCCAAAAUCUUGUGGUCAGAACGAAUUCCAAUGCGCUUCGGGGUCUUGCAUAUUGAGCAGUUGGUUAUGCGAUGGAUACAUGGAUUGUUUCGGAGGAGAAGAUGAAGUUAAUUGCUCCAGCACCUGCGAUCACAAGCACUUCAGAUGUAGAAAAGACGGCAGUUGUAUAGCGAAAGAAUUGGUUUGUGACCGUAAAAAAGACUGUCCCGAUGGAACAGAUGAGUUGAAUUGUGAUUUCCAUUUACCUAAAGUUCCAGAGGUGCCAAAAUGUGCCUACGGUCUAUUUUCGUGCGAUGAUGGUCUUUGUAUUCCUCUCUCGUUGAAGUGUGAUGGUAGAAUGGAUUGUUCCAAUGGAUUUGAUGAACGUAAUUGCGAUAAAGUCACCAGAGUUUAUCAAGUUCUUCAGAUGGGAGCAGAUGAAAAAAAUGCAACAAGUGUAUAUUUCUUCUGGUGGAUGCCAUUACCUUCGAAUAUAUCAUUAGAUUUUAUGCCCAGCAUCAGCAAAAUAGAUGAAAACAAAUGGCUGAACAUGUCGUGGACUAAUGAAUCUCAGUUUGUCUUCAAUGACUUGAAGCCAUUCACCCAUUAUAACAUGACUGUCUACGUUAGGAAUACGAAUACCAGUGUGAUAUUUCCUCCAGCCAAAUUCAUGCAAGCGACUACCAAAGAAGGUAUACCAUCAGAACCUUACAACAUAACUGUCAAACAGGUGGAUAGCGCGCAUAUCAAUAUUUCUUGGAAUAAGCCUUUGUCGCCGAAUGGAAUUGUGGAAUUUUACGAAAUAGGCAUGCGUUCGUUGGAUCCCAAUUUUUCAAGAAACUUACAAAUACACAAUAGGACAGAGACGGAUUAUCUAUUGGAAGAUGAUUUUGUGCAUAACAUGACAUAUUCUUUCUUCGUUACGGCUUCCAAUAGAUUCCAUAAAAGUAAACAAUCUGAAAUAGUCACCUUUACUUUUGACAGGAACAUCAAUUUGAAUGGCAUUGAAAAUUUAGUGGCUCUGGACGUGACAAACAGCAGCGUAACUUUGGCUUGGAAUUAUACAGGAGUGCAACCGGAAGGUUUUCAUAUUGAUGUGUUCAUAAACGAUCAUGCUUAUCCCCUAUCAGAACCUCGAACCACUAAAGAUUAUAAAAUUACCAUUAAUAACCUGUCACCUGGAGUCAACUAUCAGUUCAAAAUUUACGCAUACAAAAAGCAUUUCAUCGGUCCUACUAUAAUUAUUGGACAGCAUACUAAAGGUAAACCACUUCCGGAAGUGGGUAAUAUUAUAGGAUCUAUCAAUUCUACCGAGGUUAACCUCACCUGGGAAAAGGUUCAUGAUGACAGAAACGCUGAUUGGAUAUAUGGGGUGUACUAUGGAAUAGAUGCUACAGAUUUAUUCAACAAACCUAAAAUAGAAACUUCGAAUCUUUCUGCAAUCAUUUCCCAAUUGGCAGCGUGCGAAACUUAUACUUUCACUGUUGGAGUUGUUGGUCCCCUCGGUUACGGGCCACUUUCCCAUAAUUGGGUAGAAUUUACCACAUCUCCUGAUCUCAAGGCACCACCGAAAAAAUUAACAGUCGUUAAAGAUAAUGGUAAUCCGCUGAGGAUGAAACUGCAAUGGGAACCUUCUUGUCGAACUCCGGAAAGCGUUAGAUAUGUUAUAAAAGUGCACCAGGAAGUGACGAAUGCAACUUCAUUAUUCAAGCUGAAAAAACAUGACGGCAAUUCAAAUAUGCAGCACAUUUUUGACGUAUCCUAUGGGGGUAUCUACAAUGUGAGCGUGGCAACUGAUGAAAAAGAUGCAAGAUUCACUCCUAGCGUGGAUUACGUUGCACCUCCAAUAUUACCGCCGUAUGAGGUUAGAGUUCUUGUGGAGAAUAAUGGUAGUUAUGUACUGUAUUGGCAGGAAAGAGAAGUUCCGCAACUUGUUGGGCAGUACAUUUACGAAGUGAUGGUCUCGGAAGGUGACACCUUAAACGAGAAUUCUUCAGAGAAGUUCCUUGUCGACAAACCACCAUUUAUUUACACUAACUUCACAAGUAACAUGUACACGUUCGGAGUCAGAUUGAAGAGUCAUGAGAACUUCAGCUCGAUUAUAUCCGAAAGAGUAUCGAUGUCCAACGAUUUGAGUAAAUCUGUAACAUUGACCAGAAGUAGCGUGAGUACAGUGAUAAUAUGCGUCGUCACUCUAUUCGUUUUACUUUCUGUCACUAUCGGAGUGUUGUUUGUGAGACACCGAAGGCUCCAAAAGAGCUUCUCGCGUUUCACAAACUCGCAUUACGAUACAAGAUCUGAUGCCGCAACUUUCGAUGAUAAUAACGGUUUAGAGGAUGACAUACCAAGAAUUCAAGGUUUCUCAGACGAUGAGCCUCUGGUCAUUGCUUAAACAAGAAUUGUAUCCUAUUUAAAAAUUCGAAAUAAAACUAUUUUAAAAAUAAAAAUAAUAACCUAUCAUAUUGAGUGUGUUAGGAAGGUUGGGUUUGUUAUGGAUGCAUUGUUUUUGUUUAUUGAUUUAGUGCUUGUCUGUAGUAUCUUCUAGUCUUGGUUUUCGUAUUUUUUAAAUGAAAUUAUUUGAGUAAUUUGUAAUAAAGAAUGAUUUUCACCGAUUGAAAUUGCUAAUAUAAUUUUUUUUUAAUCCUAAUAUCAAAAUUAUCGAAUUCAACAAUGAAUAACUGUAUUCUUCCAUUUCAAAUUAAACUUCGAUGUUUUUUUUUAUGAUUUCAAAUUUAUGACGCUAGUUGCUUUCAGAAUUUCUUCGUCGAAUUGUUGUGAUUAUAGUAUGUCGAAACAUGCUGAUUUUCGAAGGAAUUCUGUUGGUAAUCGAAAGCUACAUUUUGAGUGUUGCGUCAACCUAUUUUUAUAUUGUGAUAUAUCUGUGUCAAAAAUCUUUUCUCAAGCUGCUCAAAGUGGAACAUUUCGUUCUAUAAUUUAUUUCAAUGUUUGGUUGUACGAAUGAAAAAACCUUAUUCUUUCUAUAUUACUAUUAAUUGAUGUUUCAAUGGUAUAAAUCCUAUUAAAUAUUAGAGUUAUUGCACAACGCAAGGUAUUAAUUCCAAAGAAAUCUUUCAAGUUGAUUGGAAAUUCGAAACUUUCAUAUUGCUCGUGUCCAGAAUUAGUGUUAAAUAGAGAUUCAUAUACAUUUUUACAAAAGCUUGCAAUAUGGCAAAGAGUCGAAUUUUCUACAAACGAUUGCAGUGUUGCUUGUGAAUUUCUCAGUUCUGUGAAAUUUUAGUAUUUAGAUUUUUUUUUGAUAUAUAGGUCAAAUUCUGUGAUACUUUAAUUUUAAGUUUAUUUUGAUAUAAGUGGAAGAAUUUGACUUUAUCUUAACCUUUAUAAAAUGUUGGAUGUUCAAUAAAAUAUUGGAAAAGA